CACUGUCAGCUGUUCGUUCGUUAUCGUCAACUGAUGCGACGGUAGACGGGGUGGGUACGGGGCAAAGGGUUAACAAUUAUCUUUUAGCGAAAACUGAAAAUAUUAUUUAUUAUUAAUAUUAUUACGAAAGGUGUAUAUCUGUACGUGUCGCUGCCGAUCCCGUUCGUGGUGUUCGUACUCGUUCCUGUUUCACUUGUGUGCAUGUAGUUUGCUGGUUGAAAGUAGAGAAAUGUCGGACGACCACGGCCGUUACCACCGCUUCUGCCAUAAUUUUUAUUGGUAGUAGUCGAGCCUCCUAGCGAUGGCCGCAUCAGACUCGAAAAGCUCGACGCCGCCGCCCCCGCCCCCGCUGUCGAUUGUCGACGAGGAUAUGAAAGGAUGGCUGUUUAAGUGGACAAAUUAUAUUAAAGGCUACCAGAAACGGUGGUUCGUCCUGUCCAACGGUGUACUAUCCUACUACAGAACUCAAGCUGAAAUAUCACAAUUAUGCCGUGGUACAAUUAGUUUGAAUGGGGCUACAAUACAUACUGAAGAUUCAUGCACAAUCGUUAUAUCUAAUGGUGGCACUCAAACUUUUCACCUCCGUGCCACUAGUGAAGUAGAACGGCAAAGAUGGGUAACUGAAUUAGAGUUGGCCAAGGCUCGUGAAAUUGGACAUACAAAUACUGAUAGAAGCAAGGAAAAAGAAUUGAGUGCAAAUUUAGAAGUUUCAUCCGUAGUGUCAUCGUUAAAUACCAAAUUAUCUGAACUCAGAUCACAAAGCGAAAUUAUAUCUAAACAUAGCAAAGCUCUCCAACGGUGCUUAACUGAACUAGAAACCAUAGACAUACCUCCUGAUGUCUCUACAAAAAUAAAAGCAUGGAUGGAACGUGCAAAUUUGAUACGUAUUGCGUCAGUUGGCAUGGUAACUAAUUGUUCAGAAUAUUUAGAUUUGGCUCAAAGUCAGGGUAAUAAAUGGCAAAAGAUGUUGUAUAAUGAACGGCGACAGCGUAUACAGUUGGUAGAAAUGGUAGAUCAAAUUGCUAGAGAACAGACCGUAUUGGAGCAUGUAGCUAAUAAUGACAAACAAGGUGAUUCUACCGACGAAGAUGAUGCUUCAGACAGUUGUGAAUUUUUUGAUGCUCAAGGUGGUGAUUCCUUUGAUGUAACCACAAAUAAUUAUCUAGUUAACUGUCAGACUCAAAAUAUUAUCCAACACAAAUCUCUUUCAAGCUCACAGGUACUUGAAAAAUUGGUGAAUGAAGAACUAGAUUGUAGUGGUGGAUCUAGUAGUGAUAUUGACGAUCCUGCUGAGUCAUCAGCUAUAUUAACAGCUGCAAUUUGUUCAUCAACUGGCUUAAAUACUGAUCGUGAUGAAAAUAAUAAAUCUUCUAGAAUGUUCCCUCAACUUUCUGAACAUGCAAAAAAAAUGCUAGAGGAUGUGAUUAAACACCCUUUAAAACAAAAAGACAAACGAAGGUGUAGAGUGACUGACAAGCCAAAUCACCCGUUACACAUUUGGAGUAUUUUGAAAAAUUGCAUUGGAAAAGAUUUGUCUAAAAUACCAAUGCCGGUCAAUUUUUCUGAACCUCUAUCAAUGUUACAAAGAAUUACUGAGGAUUUUGAAUAUUCAAAUAUUCUAGAUACAGCAGCUCAAUGUAAGGAUUCAUUUGAGCAGAUGGCAUAUGUUGCUGCAUUUACGAUUUCAUCAUAUUCAACAACUGUCAAUCGGACAAGUAAACCUUUUAAUCCAUUGUUAGGUGAAACAUAUGAAUGUGAUCGAAUGUCAGACCUUGGUUGGAAAGCAUUUAACGAACAAGUUUCACAUCAUCCUCCAAUUUCGGCUCAGUAUUGUUCGGGUAAAGAAUGGUCUUGUUGGCAAGAAUUUUCAAUGUCCUCAAAAUUCCGCGGUAAAUACUUACAAGCAAUUCCUAAUGGUAUUGCUCAUCUUGAUUUCCCAGCAUCUGGGAAUCAUUAUACUUGGACCAAAGUCACAACUACUGUUCAUAAUAUAAUAGUUGGAAAAUUGUGGGUUGAUCAAACAGGUGAUAUGACAAUAACAAAUCAUAAAGAUGGUUCUAAAUGUCGCUUGAGUUAUAUACCCUAUAGUUAUUUUACUAGGGAUCAGCAGAGAAAGGUAAAAGGAUAUGUUAUGGAUAAAGAUAAUGAAAUUAAAUGGGUUAUAAAUGGUACGUGGGACAAUAAAGUUGAAAUAGCGCCUGUUACCAAAUUUGAAGGUCCUAUUGAGAGUCCUACAUGUCAAACAGGAAAUUAUAUUAUGGCCUGGCAAAGACAAGCACCUCCAUCUGACAAUGAAAAAUACUACUAUUUCACUGUAUUAGCAAGCCAAUUGAAUGAAAUUGAAGAAGGUGUAGCACCAACAGAUUCAAGGUUACGGCCAGAUCAACGUUUAAUGGAGUUUGGUCUUUGGGAUGAAGCUAAUAUUGAGAAAUUGAGGUUAGAGGAAUUUCAGAGAGUCAGAAAUCGCAAAGCAAAUGCUGGAGUAGCAGAUUCUAAUCAAAUCAAUGAAAAUGAAGAAGAAGAUGAUGAGACAGUCCAAGAAAAUGAUAACAGUGCUAUCAAACCAUUAUGGUUUAAGCGAGAUGUGUGCAAAUGGACAAAAAAGCCUUGUUUUACUUUUACGCAUGAAUAUUGGGAGUGCAAACAAAAAGCAGACUGGAGUAGAUGUCCAUCUUUAUUUUAAAUACAUGUGAUAAUUUGUUUAUUUUUUAAGCUUAAGCAACAUUGUAUGUGGCCAUAUUAUGUUGAAACCUUAGAUUUAUUGUGAACAGAAGUAUCUCAGAAUUUAAGUAUAAUACAAAAAACUCCAAAAUGCACGGAAAUCUUUUCAUGUUUAUAUUAUCUCUUAACUAUUUUAUGACUUCUAACUUUGAGUAUUUUCCCCACAAUUUGAACUCUGAAUCUAUUGCACUGCAUUAAUCUUGUAGACAAAAUUAGCCUAAGGAAAUAUUUCAGUUAAUUUAUAAAUUUUCAAAUCAUUGUUUUAUCCUCUUGUUCUUACAUAUUAUAUUUUUAAUCUUUUAUAUGUUUUGUUACCUAAAUUAUUUACAACAAAGUUGUCCUUGUAUUAUUUUUAAUUUAUUUAUUGUCAAUUUAUUUCCAAUUAUUUCUGUUUGUUCUAUUCAAUCAUGGCACGAUUGAUUUAUUAAUUUAAAAAAUUUCCUUUUAAAAAUAAUGUAAUAUUUAAAUUAUUGAAAUGACAAAAUCUGUGAAAAUUAUUAAACUUUUAAAAUAUGAAUCUUUAUUUAAAAUACAAUUUUUAAUGUGUUUUGUAAAAAAAUUAAUUGAAUACUACUCGCACAUUAAUUGGCGUUAGUUGUAUUCUUAAAACAUAAGUUUCAACACUAUCAAUUAAAAAAAAAAUUGAGUAAAAAUGUUUAUAUUUUGAAGAAAAAAUUUAAAAAAAAUUAUUGAUAUAAAUUAUUUUAAAAGGUGAUAACAAAUAACAAUAAUUAUUUUUUGUAACUCAAUCAGUUUUUAAUAAUUAUCAUAUUUAUUAAUGUUUCUAUACUUUUAUUUUGAAGUUAUUGUUUCCACUAACAUAAAACAAUAUAGGUUCUAAGAAGUUAAAUAGAUAUUGUUUAAAAUUGUUUUUAUAAAAAAAGUUUUUAAAAAUGACAAUAACUUGUCUUAUAAUUCAUCAACAAAGACGUUAUGUGUGUAAAUCACUGUUUAGCUUUAAAUUAUAUAAUUAAUAUUUAUGUGUGGCAAAAUAAUCAACUGUAGUUAUUAGGUAAUCUGUUUAUAAGCAUAAGGAUAAAAAGAAUGACCGGGAUAAAAAAAAUAUAAUCUUAUUUGACAAGUAUUUUUAAUUUAUAGCAUUCCAUUGAUGUAUUUGUAUUUUUUUUUCUAUUCAAAAGGUUAUUUUUGUUAAAAAUCUCAUAUAUUUAUAAUUUUAUUUUAUCUUGUUAGACAUACAUAAAAAGAUUGGGUACUUAUGCAAUGGCUCUAGUUCUCAUUUUCAUACUAUUAAUUCAUCUAUAUUCUCGUUAUAAAAAUAUAUUAUUCAGAUAUUAUUUGUUAUACUUAAAUUGGCAUGUGUAAAGUAUAGCUCUAUAAUAUAUAUAUAUAUGUUUUGUUUUUGUUUUGUUUUGUUGAAAUAUUCAUACAACUUGUACAACUGACUAGAAUUCAUAAUUCUUUUUGUUUAAAUUUAAAUUUUAAAUUCGGCAUGCAACUGUUCACUACAUCUAUUUUAUCUAGUUAUUAAUAGUUAUUGAAUAUUUUUAUUUUUAAAAUAUGUAAACAUGUCGCAAUGUUAUUAUUGGUGAUAUACUAUUUAGUAACUUUUUUUUUUUUGUAAUUUUUUUAUAUUAAUUUUAUAAAAAUCUAUCUGUGAAAGGACUCAACCUAAAAAACACUAGUUUAAAUUUCAAAGUAAAAUUCAUAAAAAAUUAUCACAGUUUAAAUAUAUAUAUUCUAGUGAGUCGUACAACUUGAUAUACAAUUUAUUUUGUUUAAAUUAGUCAAUCUACGUUACCAUAUAAUGUUCUUGUAACCCUGUGUAAUAGUAAAUAGUUAGUCAACAGUUUUAUUUAAUUUAAUUAAACUUAAGGGCUGUGAAUAAAAAUCAAGAAUAAAUGCUAUAAGCAUAGCAUAGGCUAUCAGUAUUAUAAACAAAUGUCAACGUAUUAUUUGAUAUAUAUUAUAUUUUGAUGUUUGUGUAUCUGCAUUACUCCUUGUCAACACUAAAAUGUAAAUUUAAUUAUUAUGCAUGUACAAUAUUAUUGUACGGAUCAACAGAAAUACAUUUUUUUUAGUUCAAAUGAGUUAGUAUCUAAGCAAAAAAAACGGGUGUGGGAAUACCAUUUCGUUUAUAUUACAGUUUGUUUUAAAAAUGUUAUUAAUAUUAAUAUAAGAUAAUAAUACAUACUUAUAGUUUUUUUUGUUUUAUUUAUUUGUGUUUACAAUUUAUUAUAUAACUCAAUAAGAACCUAUAGUAUGGUAUGAUAAUAUAAUAUAUAUUAUAUAUUUAUGAGAAAUAUAUCUAUGAAAUCAUUGCAAGA